CGGAAGAGAUUGUAUUUCGCAUAUCGAUAAAUAAUUCACCUUCCUGGUUUGAAACCUACCUUGUCAGGUAACUUAGCUGUGUCUUUGUAAUAAAAGCAGAUGUCAGUACACUACCUACCUAAAGUUAUAAGCUGAUUUCGUCUCAGAGAGUUACAUUUUGGUGCUAGCAGGUUUAUUUACUAAACAGUGUCGCCUACUCGACUGGUCAACGACAGCUCAGCUAGCUACAAGUUGCUCAGGAGGAAACUGAAGUCCACCGUCUGAAGCGGAAUACAGAGAGUGUGAGUGGAUCAUCAGGCACUCUCCCUAUGUCAGGCCGAAACGGGUCUGCAAGUGAUGCAGACUGCCGGAUCUCUGAGGACUGCCGUGUCCCAGAUGUGGAGCUGAUGGAGCUGGGACCCCUGUUGGAGGAGGGGGGCCGACAGGCAACAUCUAAAGGCGCUUAUCCUGAGGGAGCUGCAAUGCUUGCCGAUGAGGAAGAGGAAGAUGAUGAGGUUGGAGAGGUCCUGACCUUACCUCUACAGGCUCACCAUGCCAUGGAGAAGAUGGAGGAGUUUGUGCACAAGGUCUGGGAGGGGCGUUGGAGGGUGAUCCCUUUUCAUGUCCUGCCUGAAUGGCUGAAGGACAAUGAUUACCUCCUACAUGGACACAGACCUCCUAUGCCUUCCUUCCGGGCCUGUUUUGGAAGCAUCUUCAGGAUUCACACUGAGACAGGGAAUAUAUGGACUCAUCUUUUAGGGCUGAUCUUGUUCCUCUGUCUGGGCACCUUAACCAUGUUAAGGCCCAAUAUGUAUUUUAUGGCCCCGCUGCAAGAGAAGGUGGUGUUCGGGAUGUUCUUCCUGGGAGCUGUGCUCUGUCUCAGCUUCUCUUGGCUUUUUCAUACCGUCUACUGCCACUCAGAGAAAGUGUCUCGCACCUUCUCCAAGCUUGACUACUCGGGCAUUGCCCUCCUCAUCAUGGGCUCAUUCGUGCCCUGGCUGUACUACUCAUUCUAUUGUUCCCCUCAGCCUCGACUUAUCUACCUCACCAUUGUUUGUGUUCUUGGCAUCGCCGCCAUCAUAGUGGCCCAGUGGGACCGAUUCUCUACACCUCGUCACAGACCUACAAGAGCAGGUGUGUUCAUGGGUCUGGGUUUAAGUGGCAUUGUACCCACAAUGCACUUCACCAUUGAGGAGGGCUUUGUCAAGGCCACCACAGUUGGCCAGAUGGGCUGGUUCUACCUGAUGGGUGCAAUGUACAUCACUGGUGCAGGUCUGUAUGCAGCCAGGAUCCCUGAACGCUAUUUCCCUGGAAAGUGUGACAUCUGGUUUCACUCUCAUCAGAUUUUCCAUGUCCUGGUAGUGGCAGCGGCCUUCAUCCAUUUUUACGGAGUUUCCAACCUGCAAGAGUUCCGCUACGGCCUCGAGGGAGGAUGCACAGAUGACUCUUUACUCUGAGAGGCCUGACUGUGACUUUACUCUUACUUUUCUUUAUAGCCCCAUAAACACAUCACACAUGCACACAUACAGACACACAUUAAAAUGCUGCUGGAAUUCAAUAUAGUCACUUCCUGCUCCUUCUGUAUUUCUGUUUUGCUAACAUCCUGUUUGAGUUUUUUGGUGGUCUUUCUGCUUUGGCUAAUUUCUUUUCCAAUAAAGUAGCAUCAACUAGCCAGUGAAUGAUGGAGGGAAUCAACAACAAGCACUACUUCUUUAGUAAUACUGAAGCUUGAAAUCAUAAGUAAGAUUUCUAAAAAAGGGGGAAACCAUAUAUAUUCCUGUAACUGGUGAUCACUUCCUAGUAAUUCCAACCUCUACAUAUUCUGUUACCACUGCACAAAUGAUACAUGGAAUAUUAUUUGAGCUGUAGCAGAGGGCACAUACUGUAAAGCAUUCCUCUUCUCUCUCUAGGUUUCCAUACAGGUAGGGGUUGAAUGUACUGUCCACCAGGAGUGUGAUAUAAAUUAGUCCAGGACCACUUAGCAGCUUCAGGUCUACAUGUACUUCUUUUAGGAGGAUUAAAGUAUACUAUACCUAUUAAGUGUAAAUGUUUAUAUGCAGAUGUCAUUUAGAAACCCACCUAUGCUCACUCUGCAAGAAAUCAUGAGCCCAGUACGGACUGAAAGCCAAGUCAAUACUCAAAAAAUUAAUCUAAACUUGACCUCAUCCAAAUUUAAUCCCCCCAAAAAUGAUCUACAGAUUACCAGGUGAUGAUUUUAAUAAAACAAGUAAAAUCAUUUCUCUAAUUGACAGAAAAACAGAACUAAAAACCCUACAAAAAUAGAAAAUGACUUAAAAUUGUUCAGCGUUAAUAAAAGGCUGCAAAGGUUAGUAGCAGCUGUGGAUUUGAGGUCCACUCAGUUCAGGUUUGUCAAGGAUGGUUUUGAAGUUGAAAAGAAUUCCCCUGCCCCUAUUUUUUCAUCAGACAUCAGUGGUUAAUUUUUACAAUUAUAGUUCCUAGGCUUUGCACAAUGUACAGUAUACAUCUGGAUCAGUUAGAUUGUGGCUUUGUGAGACAGAGAUUCUUUUUUGUGCUAGAUUUCAGAUGCAACCAGAGGUGUAAUUAUCAAAUGCACCUUAGUGUAUUAAAUUUAAAACUUUACUUGGUUCUGGGUUUUAAAAUGUUAUGUAUGAUUGAUCUGAACUUUUAGUAUUCCUGUGCCUUAGGCCAAUGGAAAUGUUUUUAAAUAAAAUGGCCUAUCUUAAUAGUUAAAGGAGCUUCAAGGAUUUCCAGAUGUUGACUUUUCUUGUUUUUCUUGCCAUAUUAUAUACAAUCAAAUCAUUACUGAACCUAAACUCCAUUGAUAGGUUGUAUCAACUGCUGUUUAAGGCUCCUUUUUCUAGAUUGACUUAUUUGAGCUUUAUUACAAAGACUAAAACAUUGUGUAUUCUUGACUUUGUGUAAUGUCCUGUGUAGAAAGUGAUAAAUCAUACAUUUCACUGAAAUGUAAACAUAAAUAUUUAUUAAUUGUAAUCUUGGAAAAUUAUUGUAAUAAAUUUUUUUCCACAUGUUCA